UUCUCAGUAAAAUGUCGGCUCAUAAAACGUUUAUUAUUAAGCGGAAGCUUGCUAAAAAAUUGAAGCAAAACAGACCGAUUCCACAAUGGGUCAGAAUGCGUACUGGUAAUACUAUCAGAUAUAACGCAAAACGGCGUCAUUGGAGAAGAACAAAGUUGAAGCUGUAAAAUAAAUUUGACAUGUAUUUGUCUUUUUUGUUACACAUUCAUUACUUACUCUUAAAUAAACUCUAACUUCAACAUAUAAA